CUUGCCUGACAACAAACGCGGAAGACACACAAGGCAGUUAACGCCGCUAGUCUGCGUUAGCAAGUUUAGAUUUAUUUUCUCACUUGCAGUGCAUCUGACUGUGUUUCCACUCGUCAAUUGAAAGUGUUGCCCUCCAAAACCACAACACAACGCAGAAGUCUAACGAGGUAGCUGAAAAUGUCCAACGCAAUGUUAUCCGAAAUGGACUGGGAUGAAGGUCUUGCCAUUCCUGUUGCAAAUGCAGAAAACAAGGCCUUGGAGGAUGAGCUCCAAAGGAAGCAAAAGGAAAAGGCGGCCCUGGAGAAUAAACUUGCAGAGUAUAAAGACAGGAUUAAUGCCAUGACUGAACAUCUAAAAAAUGUCAAGCAAGAGCUGUCACAAACUCAGGCGCUCUGCAAAGCUAGGGAGAAGGAGACGACCACAGAGGCUCAUUUUAAAGCACUGGCUGAAAGAGAGAUGGGUCGCCUGCGUCAAGAGAUUGCACAUCUGGAGAAAGACCUGGGAUCACUGAGAGAGAAGCAGACUACUCAAGAGAACAGUAUAUUCAAAACCACCCAAACGCUGGAGCAACUGAGUGGCCAGCUGAGCUGGGACCAGCAGACUCUGGAUGCCUGGCUGGAGGAGUCUGCACGCAAAGAUGAGGACACCAUGGCUAUUCUCAAAUACUCCCAACAGGAUGAGAGCAGGAUUAAAGACCUGACACUAACCAUUGAGAAAAUGAACCUUCAAGCAAUCCAGAAAAGGAAAGCCCUUGACAAUGAACUCACAGAAACGGUCACAGCACAAAUUGGAUUGGACAAAACUGCAGAGAAUUUUCGUCAGGCGCACGCGGAGAGGCAGGAGCUGAUCCGCCAGUGGGAGAGCACCAUUGAGCAGAUGAAGAAGAGGGAUCAGGAGAUGCAGAGCUGUGCAGAGACGAUAACUAAAGUCAACCAGGAAAUACGAGACCGGCAAGCGGUGAUCAAGGAGAAAAUGGUGUUUCUGGAAAGCGAGGUGGAAAACAACAAGGAGCACGAGAAGAAGAUUGGCAUGGCUGAGCGGCAGGCUGCCAAACUCCAAGACCACUUUCAGAAACAGGACGAGAGCCGCGCGCGACUGCAGGAUGAGCUGGAGAGUUUGAAGAGGACUGUCGACAGAGCAGCUUCAGAUGUACAGAAGGUUAGAGGUCAGAUAUCCAGCAUGAAGAAGGAUAUUCAGGACAAAUCCACAAAAGUGAAGGAUGCGAAGCUUCAGAAUGCAGCGCUGGAGGAGAAGCUGGGGUCUGUGACGGAGACGACGCUGAGCGUGGAAGAGCGUGCCGCACAGAUGGAACAGCUGCUCAAGGAGGAGGAGCAGAACAUCAAGGAGAUCGACUUGCAGCUGCAUCGCCAGCGAGACGCGGUGUUCCGCAAGAACCAGGAUCUGCAGGCCCUGGUGAUGAAGGAGAAGGACCUGGUGAGCGAGGUGUCGGGCAGCAAGGCGGCCAUCAGCAGCCUGGACAGCCGUCUGCGCAAGCUCGACCAGAACACCCUCAAGCAGCAGGAGAUCAUCUACAACCAGGACUUCCAGAUCCAGCUGCUGGAGAGGAAGAUGUUCCGGCUGCAGGGGGAGGUGAACACGGAGGAGAAGCAGGCCCUGGAGAAAAGGGUGGAGGAGCUGUGCGCCACCCUAGACGAGCGCAGGAAGACGCAAACCCUACUCACCACACAGCUGAAGAAGCUACAGGAUGACAUCCGCUGUGUGAGGAACGAGACAGAGAAGACUGGGACAGAGAAGAGAAACCUCAUCACCAAGAUUGAGGAGCUCAAUCUGUUCAACGACACCUCAGACAAAGAACUGAAAAAACUCAGGCUCAAGAAGCAGGACACCAUGGUGGAGGACAACAUCCUGAAGCUGGAGACGAAGCGUCUGCGGGACCUGCUGUACGACAAGGCGGACGGCGUGCUGUCCCUGGAGAAGCGGCGGCUGCAGCUGCAGUCGGCCAUGAACGAGCGCGAGGAGGAGAUACGCGUGCACCGUGAGAUGCUCACCAAGCAGCACCGCAUCACUGAGCAGGAGCGACAGACACUCAGUUCUGAGGUGCAUGACAGGAUUUCCAAAAUUGACAAGAUGAGGAAACGAUAUGAGAUCCUGACCAUGUCGGGUGGGGAGGAGGAGAAGUCACAGGCCUACUACGUCAUUAAGGCGGCCCAGGAGAAAGAGGAGCUUCAGCGCCAGGGCGACGGCCUCGAUGCCAAAAUCCGCAAGACAGAGAAGGAGAUCCACGCCCUGGAGAACACCCUGCAGGUCAUGAACAGCCGCAACGGCAUCUACCGCAAGUCCUUCAACAAGGUCACCGAAGAAAGUGAGGAGUACCAAGAGAAGCUGAAGCUGGAAGCCCAGAAGAGGGCAGCGGAGGACAAGUACAGAGCCAAGAGGCGACAGAUCAGGGAACUCCAGGAUGACAUUCAGACCAUGAACAGCACCCUGGAAACUCUUCUGUAUGAGGAGACGCAGCUGAAUGGGAAGACAGAGGAGACCCAGUCGCGCAUCCUCCUGCUGAACAAGGAGCUGGCCGGCCAGAAAGAGAAAUUGGAUCGGGUCAACAAACAGUGUUCAAAGCUGAAGAAGGAGAUCCGGUCUGCCAGCGGCGGCGCACAGGAGACGUUUGAGGAGCGGGACAUCCGGCUGCGGGAGAUGAAGGACCUGAACAAGACGGUGAACCACAUGAUCCUGGAGGCCAUGGAGAUGAACCCUGAGCUGGAGGCCGCUCUGCUCAUGUACUUCACUGAGGCCAACCUGCUCCUGCCUGCCCCAGGCUCAACCUCAAGCAGCAGGCAAGGUUCCAAGGCCAGCUCUGCCCGCAGCUCCGUCUCCCAGCGGUCCUCUGACUCCUCAGUCAACAGCAGUCCCAGGUCCUCGGGCCUGCAGAGCCCCGCUGUGAAGACCCUGGAGCUGGGCUUUGCCCCGCCGGGUACCCUCUCCCCACACAGCUCCCGCCCAUCCAGCAGAGGUGGCAGCAGCGGCAGCAGCAGCGCCAGGUCUUCCCAGAGGAAGAGCCCCUAGAUAAACACAGCCCUCAUCUGAUUGAUUCCUUUUCACUCUUCACUGCCCUUCACAAGCACAAUGACUGUAUGCAAAUGUCUGAAUGGAGUUUGAAAUAUAUAUAUUUUGCUGAAAAUUAAAUGUCUUUCAAAAUCUCUUUCAAA